GAUGUGGGGUAUUUAUUGACAAAAGGCCACAAAAAAUCCCUGAAUUUACCCCACUUCAAAAACUAUGAUAUACAAAAUAACAUAUUACAAACAUACAUGUAUAUAAACUUACAACAUACAUUAACAUAACAAAUCUCACAUAAGGCAAUCAAUUAAACAUUAAAUUAUUCAGACUUAAGUAAAUACAAUUUAUAUUUUCUCCUAAAGAACGAGUAGUUUGACUUUCUUUGAGGUCAUCUGGCAAGAGAUUCCAAUACUAUGGUUUAAAACUGACAGUUCUUGAAAAAUUAUAAUGAUGAAAAGGUACAUUUUAUUGGCAUUUCUUGUGUUAUAUUUACUUAUGUUGAUAUUAUGUUCAAUUUAUUCAUUAAAAUAAUUUGGAAGCAAUUGUAUAGUAAGAAAACAUAAAAGCUGCCAGUUGUAAUUUAUUCAUCAUAAAUAUUCAACAUUUUCAAUUUCGUAUUGGUUGAGUCUGCUAAAUAAUUGGCAUUAGAUCUUGAUAUCUGUAAAGCAAUGUGAUUUACAUGUUCCUUCCAAUUCAGGUUUUCGUCUAUGAUUACGCCAAGAAAUUAAGUACUAGUUUGUCUCUUAAUACAUGUACGGUACAUCAUUAAGUUUUAUAUUUAUUUCAUAUUCAACAAUUCUUACUUUUAAAGAUCAUGUAAACAUGUUUUACUUUGACAGUAAACCAAGUUUGUAUCUUUUCCAAUUCUAAAUUAAAUAAAUUGUUCGAUGUCACAAGAUCAUUACCUGAUAACAAUAAACUGGUAACAUCAGCUAACUUAUAAAAGAAAAAGGUAAUUAUUGAUAAAAUAUUGCUAACAUAAGUGGCCUGAGAUUUGAGGCUUGUGGUACACCUACCAUAAUAUAUUCAUAUUCAUAAUUACAAUUAUCAACAGUCACAUAUUGUUUCCUAUUAGACAGAUAGCUUUUAAACCACUUUCAUGCACUUCCCCUUAUUCCAUAAUAUUUCAGUUUGUUGAGUAAAAUGAAAUGGUUAAUACAGUCAAAUGCCUUUGACAAAUCUAAAAAGAGCCCUACAUGUAUAACAUAUAACCGCCUUAUUAAAGUGGAAUGAUUAUUUGGACCUCGGAAAUCUGACUUACAUGUAGAACAUACAUGUAAAUAAGUUAUGUUUUGCAUAUUCUGGUCUGAUAUAAUGCUUGGAGUUUGACAAGGUUAUGGUACUGGUACAUGUAUGUUGCUGUUCUACCCUUUCUUUUCAUCUCUGUUAUUGUGUGUAUAGUGUGUUUGAAGUAGAUGAACUAAGGCUUCUGUUUCCUCCCAAGUUUCUCAUCCCAGCAUGUAUCCUGAAAUGAUUCACACUCUUUACCCCUAAAGCAAUGCCAAGUUCAGAGAGUUUAACCCAGUGCAAUUUCUGUCCUGUAGGGAGCCUUGACCCAAUUUCUCUAAUCCUGCAUUGUGUGAGCCACCCAGGCAUUGUUGUACCCCAAAUACUAUACAGCAUUCGUACGUAGAGAAAGGCAUGCAAGCAGGGCUAGAGUGGUGAUCGGUGAUACUCUCGUUUUCUUUUCAGAAAGGCAACAAAAUGGAGAGGACAGGGGAGAGAGUGACAUAUAAAUGUAGACUUUGCAGACAGCAGUUGUUUGAUAGCUCGUGUGUUCUCAACACAAGCACCAAUCAUCACCAGGAUGUAGUAUCGUCAGAAUGUUCUCUGGGCCAGUCAGCCAUGACUGCGGCCUCCCCGACAUGGACUCUAGCCAGCAGCAUGCAGGGCUCGGCCAAGAGCUUUGCUCUGCUCACCCAAGGGAGGACAGGUGGAUCUUCUGAUGGUGUACUUGCUCCAUAUGGCCAGGUCACUGCUGGACCCAAUCCACUUUGGUAUAUCAACGAGGAAUCCACGCCACCUUGGGUUCAGAGAAUAUUAAACAAGUUUCAAUGGAAGAAGGGAAAGCUGUCAUGCCCUAAAUGUCAUGGUCGCCUUGGUGCUUUUGAUUUUGUCACACCCUACAAGGUGACCAUCAGCAGUAAAAAAGUGUCUCGCAUUCAUGUCAUGAGAAGUCGUGUUGAUUGUGAGUCUUCAUCACCUAUUGUUGCCAGGAUCCGUCCAAUGCCUCAAAACCCAAGAGAUGUACAUGAGAGUAAUGACCUUGAUGAACCAACCUCUACUGCACAGCCAGAAGCAUCAGUAGCUGGAGCAGAGAAUCUGCCGCAUCCAUCAGAUAUUGAUCCGCCCGUCCCUGUCACUUCAGCACCUGUCUUGCCUUUACUAUCUGACCAGACCUCAAGACAAUUCUUGCCAGAAACAUUCUCCUCAGCAUCAGAUGAGGAGUCUCUGUCCAACCUUCCCAUCUCGGCGAACUACCAAAGACCUGUGUCUGUAUCCCAACCUUUGGAACAGACACAGAGACAUAAUGUCAUCAGCAGCACAACAAGUAUGCCAGCAGAGCAAUCCCAUCAACGCUCCAUAUCUACCGGUAAUCCUAGAAUUGUGAGAUCUAGUUCAGGAUCACAGCAGUGCAGUCUUAGUUUGCAGUCAGGUGAUCUUGAUACUGUCCGUCAUAGGAUAAACAGGGGAACUGUCCAAAUUGAUAAGUGUGUGCCAUUUGGAAUAGAAAUUGGGCAGGCUAGAAGUGAUUCUGAGGUAACAAUGAAGAAUUCACCCAAAGACAGGAGUGUUGCCCAUGUUGCUGGCACAAACAGACUAAAAAAAAGAGUGGCUCAACAAAGCUUUACAUCCUCUCUACCAAGUACAUCUAAUGAUAUUUUUAGUCCAACUAUAAAUUCAAACCAAAGACACAAUUUGCAAUAUGAUAACCAUUCAGAUGAGCCUGAAGAUGAUGAUGAUCACCCCGAGGAAAGGGUACAUUAUCGCAUUAAUCUGUCCUCUCCAAGUAGCAGUUCUAUUUCUACAGUAGUUUCUCACUCCAGGUCUCCUGAUAUUUCUGCCAACAUAUUCAAGAACAGUCCAGCAUUCCUUAGGCCACUCAUUAGCAGUACAUUUUCUUCAGAUCAGACCAGAAGUCCUACUCCUGGUAGUUCACCACCAAGUCUUUACUCACCAGUCCUACCAUCUGCAGAACAAGAUGACCGAACUACACCAACAGCGAGAGAUGCCCCUUUUGUUUCCCAAGGGCUUACUGUAAGAGACUCUGAUGAUGAUGAGGAUACCUUGGUAGUAGAUCAUCAAAGGGAGAGUGCACCAAUCGGUGUCGGGCAGAGGAGUCCUCGAGAACAGAGAAGGGAAAGAAACAGGAAAAAGAAGGAGAGAAGGAAACAGAGGAGGUAUGAGAGGUGGUUGGAAAGACAAACACUUGGAGCUGAAGAAGAAUCAGCAAUUCAGGAUAUCAGUGCAGCAGGUCUGUAUUCACUGCUUGGACCACGAUGUGCAGGUAGCUCACUUCGGGAGGUCACUACAUGCUCUGUGUGUUUGGAUAUCUACUACCAACCCCAUACUUGCUUUCCUUGCGAACAUAUCUUCUGUGAGCCUUGCCUUCGCCAGGUGGCACGCUUCCACCCCGUGGUCACUCCCUGUCCACUCUGCCGAACCACCAUUAGGAAUGUGAAGAUUCAUGAUCAACUGACAUCUGCUGUAAAACAGCUGUUCCCACGCCAAUUUGAUAUCCGGCAUCAUAUGGAACGUCGUACCCUGAAUCGCUCCUUCCCUUUACCAGGCAAUUCCAACCUUCCUCCUUGGUAUCGUAUGGGGUAUCAGAACAACCGUAAUCAGGUGGACUUCCUUGCGUCCCGUCGUAAUCCUGGUUAUGUGCAUGAUUGGGGUAUGCGCUAUCUUCAGGGUGUGGUGUGGAGGGUUGUGGCUUCCACGGCAGUGCUCCUAAUUGUAUCUGGUAUUUCAGUUGGAUUUUUGCAUUUUAUGUUUGAUUUUUCAUAGGAAAAUCAUUUAUGUUAUAUGUGUAAUUGUAUAAUUAGCCAUAGUUUGAUUCAAAUUUAUGAAAAAGUUAAUUGAUAUUUGUGACAUCAAAAUACUUCAUAUUUAUGACAUGUCCGAGAGGAUUAAAAUCUUGUUAAAGAUACUACAUGUAGUUUAUUGCAGAUAUAUGAUGCGAUAUGAACACAUUUAGUCUACAUGUAUCUAGGUAAGUUUUGUAAUAGCCGGUUAAUUGCAAGAUGAAAUAUAAUUGACCUUUGGUAAGAUUGUUUGAUAUUUAGCAGGUCUAUAAAUGUCUUUAUUUUGGUAUUGUUUAUUUGAGUCCAAGAAGAAUUUGGAGUUCAUGUUUUUUUCCUUUUCUAUUGAAAAGGCUGGAGUCGUGUCAGAAUUUUCUGUCUGAGAUUCCAGUGGCAUUUUUGUUGAUUUCCAAUGUGUUGAUAAUUGGAUGUUGGAGCAGGAAGCAUUUGCCAAAAAUAAAAAUAAUGAAUUAUCAUGUUUUAACAUCAACUUCUAAAUGUUACAAUCUGAGAUGAUAGGAAUUGUUUAAGGAAUUGAUAAGAGGCUUGGAUAUCCUACAAUAAAAUGGAUAAUUGGUAUACAGUACAUGUGUGGCAUAUUUUCUUGUGUGUACACAAGCUGUAAUUGCAUUUAAUAAUGCCUUUUUUAUAACCUCCAUACAAUAUGUCUACUGCAUAAAACAGGCAAAGCAUAUAUAUACAUUUACAAAUACAUGUUUAAUGGAUUGGAUGCUGUUAUUUUGUCACUUAAUAAUUAUUUAUUUAUUGGAAGUUACAUAAACAGUGUCAAAGGUACUGAAGCACCAUGCUGAAAGAGGUACUCUGGCCUAAACAUAGAUGAUUUUACAAAUAAACAAAUUAAAAACUAAAAAUUUCAUCCGAAUUAGAUUAAAAAUGAAGAAUCAUUCUCUUAAUGAUGCAAUUAUAUCUUUAUUAAUGUGUUUGCAAAGAGUUUACAGCAAAGAUGAUUAUUUCUAAAAACAUGGAGUGUCAAUUAUAUUUCUAGACAACUUUUAAUAAAAGUUCUUUCACAUGAUACAAGACAUUUUAAAGAAUAGGGACAUGACAUCAUUAACUUUCUACAAGUUCAUGAUAAUAUGCCUAUAUGGAAUGUUAAAUAUGACUAUUUAAGCCCUUAAUUACCAUAGCUUGUUUUUCAUCUAAUUUCAAUUUUUUCAUUGUUGUGCUUGUUAUAAGUUUCAGUCCAGAGUACCCCUCAAAGUCCAAGGUUGACAUUUCACAUCCUGUAACCCAGUACUGAAUACUGGUAGAUAUGCUUUUCAUUCUUUACAUUUAUCAUGUCAAUGAUACUGGCUUUCUUUUGCCAUGUAAUCUGUAUCUAAUCAUGAGUCAUUUAAAGUUCAAACUCCUUUCAUUAUACUGCUUGUCACCAAGUUUGUGUACGUAUCAGUGUGCUCAUUAAUUGCACUCCUGGAUAUCAUAGAAUCCCUACAGAGUUUAGGGCACUGUGAUUGAUGCAUGGUAUCGAGAACAUUCAAGGCAAAAGGGUGACAUCACAAUUGUGAUUGUUAUUUUCACCCUUUUUGAAAUUGUAUUUUGUUUUUUAAUAUCAAUUUUUGUCUCGCAAGCAUAGCAGAGCGAGACUAUAGGCGCCGCUUUUCCGACAGCGGCGGGGACGGCGGCGUCAACAUCAAAUCUUAACCUAAGGUUAAGUUUUUGAAAUGACAUCAUAACUUAGAAAGUAUAUGGACCUAGUUCAUGAAAAUUGGACAUAAGGUUAGUCAAGUAUUACUGAACAUCCUGCCUGAGUUUCAGGUCACAUGACCAAGGUCAAAGGUCAUUUAGGGUCAAUGAACUUAGACCAUGUUGGGAAAAUUAUUUUCAAAAUCUUAACCGAAGGUUAAGUUUUUGAAAUGACAUCAUAACUUAGAAAGUAUAUGGACCUAGUUCAUGAAACUUGGGCAUAAGGUUAAUCAAGUAUUAGUGAACAUCCUGCUUGAGUUUCAGGUCACGUGACCAAGGUCAAAGGUCAUUUAGGGUCAAUGAACUUUGGUCAAGUUGGGGGUAUUUGUUGAAUUACCAUCAUAACUUUGAAAAUUUAUGGAUCUAGUUCAUGAAACUUGGACAUUAGGUUAAUCAAGUACCACUGAAUAUCCUGUGCGAGUUUCAGGUCACAUGACCAUGGUCAAUGGUCAUUUAAGGUCAAUGAACUUUGGCCGUGUUGGGGGUAUUAGUUAAAUUACCAUCGUAACUCUGAAAGUUUAUGGAUCUAGUUCAUAAAACUUGGACAUAAGAGUAAUCAAGUAUCACUGAACAUCCUGUACGAGUUUCAGGUCACAUGACCAUGGUCAAAGGUUAUUUAAGGUCAAUGUACUUUGGCCGUGUUGGGGGUAUUUGUUGAAUUACCAUCCUAACUCUGAAGUUUAUGGAUCUAUUUCAUAAAACUUGGGAUAUAAGAGUAAUCUAGUAUCACUGAACAUCCCCUGUUAGUUUCAGGUCACAAAACCAAGGUCAAAGGUCAGUUAAGGUCAAUAAACUUAGGCCAUGUUGGGGUAAUUGAUUAAUUGCCAGCAUAACUUUGAAAGUUUAUGGAUAGAGUGAAUGAAAUGUGGACAUGGGUGUAGUUGACAGUCUUUAGUCUCCGUUCAAAUGUAAUUUAUGGUCAAUGAACGUGGUAUUAUGUCAUUAUAUGAAUGGUGUUUUUGUGAAUGAUUAUUUUAUAGUAGUUUUCAAAGUUAGCACUGCUGCUAUAUUAAAUUGCGUAAUGCAGGCGAGACUGCCAGAGGCGUUCCACUUGUUACAGGAAGUAGCCCCUGUUCUGAUAUAGAAUUAGCACAUUUUGCUUGUCCCUUUUGAACCAAGAAAGCACAACUUUCAUUUUCAAUAUUCUCAUUACUGCCAAAUGUAUUUUCAAACAAUUAUUCCAAUAGUUAGCAUGCAUGUAGUUUCAUAUUUAUAGCAAUGUACAAUACAAUGAUUUUUCGCAAAGUUUAGCUGUAUUGUAGGAGUGAAAUAGCAUAAUGGUAGACUCUUGCUCUAAAAUUCAGUUUUGAUUGUUGCCAUUGUUAACCAAGUUCCUGAAAUAGAAACAAAACAAAGCAUAUGUAGAGUCGUUGUUUGCUGGUGUAUAUAUUUGUUAACAGUUCAUAUAAAAUGAUAUUCAAUAUUAUGCAUGAAAGACAUUGUUGACAGGUGGCAUAUCCAUGUUUCUAUAUUAUCUUUCACCAGAGUUUGACAUGAAAAAUUUGUAUUCUAUUAUUUACUGUCAUCACCAUAUCCUUUAAUGUCAUGUUUUCACUUUAUUAUAAGGGUACUCUUUAUUCUUUGACGGUUUAACAGGUUGCACAUCUACACUUUGCAAUUACUUUUUAUUUUUUUACUUAUAAAAGAGGUGAGUGUGAUUACCUUGUCUUAUAAAAAUCAAAUUAUUCAUGUGAAAUGAUGACCAAGAAUUCAUCUGUGUGAUUACCUUGUCUUAUAACAAUCAAAUCAUUCAUGUAUAAUGAUGACAAAGAAUCCAUCUGUCUUUGUCUUUGUAGUGUGGUCAUCAAAUGACCCACUUGCAUGAAAGUAAGUAGGCUAUUGUGGUAACAUUGUCAUUGAAAUGUAUCUUUCAUGGAAACUCAAUUUUGAUCGGUAGAUGAACUAUUAUAAAAGGUUUACCGGUAUAUUCACUUGGUCUGUACGUACAUGUAAGCAGUUGAGUUGGUCUAUUUAUCAGAUUGCCUAAUUCCACAUUUUGCAAAACCAGUGUGGUAUAUCAAUUUUUUUUUGGCUUGGUCUACACUGCGCCUGGUGUAAUCCCCUUUCUCAUUUAGUCAAUACCCAUUGGGUCUAAUUUCCACUUGUCUACCUAUUAUUUUUUACUUUGUCGAAUGAAAUAUUGGUUCAUUAACAGUUCAUCCAAGUACUUAGUCUAUUUAAAAGUGAUGAUACACCCAAGCGGAUAUCAAUUUGAAAAUUGAAAUGAUUUCAUUUGAGUAUGAAAGAAAAGCUGUCUCUAUGAUAUCAAACAAUCCAUCUUGGAGGAAAUGACUCGGUUAACUAUUCUUUUUAAGCAAUGCAUUCUUUAAUCACAGUGUUCCCUCGUGUCUUCAGUAGAUGCAUUGAGUAGUAUAAUAUGAACUCUAUAGCCAUGCAUGCUGCAGCUGAAGUUGUUUUGUAAUGAUAUUUCUAAUCAAUAAAUCAUUGAAAUGAGCAAAUAACUUUAACCAAAUUGCACAUUUUCAACUUCAUCUCCAUUGGUUUAUGUAUGAACAGAUAUCCUUAUGAUGCUAGUUUGAUGCAACUAUUCCCUGUAUUUCAUUGUUUAGUCUAAAGUUGUAAAAUGUCAACAUGAUACUGUAAUUCUAUAUAAUACUUGACUGUGUGGCAAAGAAGAAAGAUGUAAUAUAAGUGAAAAAAAAAUUAAACAAUUAUUGUUGUCUUUAUUGUUAAUUCGAUAUUGACUAUUAUGACUACUAUAUAAAAAGCUGAUUUCUAACAGGCAUGGCCUCCCAAAUAUUUUCAUAUACUAGUAAGUCUCCUGGGGAAGUUUUUCACAUCUCGAGUGAAAUUCUUAACUAAUAUUUCCCCCAAGUCUUUAUUGAUUCUAUCUGUGCAUCAAAACAGGAUAAAUUGUAAUAUAGGGUUAAAUCCAGACUGUAUGUAGUUUAGUUGAAAUAAUUUGACACUGGGUUAGAUAUAAAACAUGUGAAAGGAAUACGUUUUUCUUCACAUUUCAUUACAAAAUCAAUGUUGGAGUUAAUAUUCACAAGAAGAUUAAUUUAAUCUGUACUUGGUGGUUAAGUUUGGACAGGCAAUCCAUAAACAAAUGGUCUAUGCUUCAUGAAAAAUCUAAUCACAUGGAUUAAUUAAUUAUUAUGUAGACAUAAUUUUAGAACAUGGGCGUAUAGAUGGGCUGUCUUCCCCCCCC